AUGAAAACUCAAUAAGGAUAUCUAUCAAAUUUAGACAUAGAUAUGAAUCUUAAAACAAGCAGUAGAUGUUAUAAGAAGGUGAACGAGAAUCGUAAUUCAUUGUUAGUAUCCCUUGCUUAACCUAAGCGAAAUAAGAAUACUUCGUUUAUUCCUGAAUUACAGGAAAUGCCUACCAAAUAGAGAAGGAAGAGUUAUCAGGAGGGCAUUUAAGGAUAGAAAAUGAGUCGCUUGAAUUGUCUCUAUCCUCAAUCGAUUUGUAUGCAACAUGCAAUGCAGAAACCAAAAAUAGACAACAAGGCUACACUGAGGAAGGCUGUAAAGAGAGCUUCGAUCAUGAUGUCAACGGUGAAGUAUUGGAAGGAUCAUUCUUAAAAGAAAAUUGAGGUUCCAGUAAUGAUUAAAUCCAUUAAAACCAGAGACAGCUGUUUAUAUGAUCGUAAUGCUCUAACUACGAGGAGUGUGAAAAGAAGCGAGUUGCCUCCAGUCCUUCUUAAUUAAUUCAAAAUCAGAAAUAACUAGCGCCUAAUCAAGUACAGUAGAGAUAGAACUGCAGACAAGACUAAAUCAGUUAGUCAUCAUCACUUUUCUCAUCUCCAAACUCCCACAAUCCAAGCCUUUUCUUCACGAUAUAGCAUUCAGCAUGCCAAUAUCAGAAUUAAGGAGUGA